AUGAAGGGACUUAUUUCCCUCAUCGUCGCUCCUCUGUUGGUGCUUACCAACGCCCGCGCUCUUGUACGUGUCCCCAAUAUCAACAAAGAUGUCCCCUCACUAACAUCCUCCCAGUACCGGGACACUGAUGAGUCCCCCUCUAUCCUGGUAUCUCGUAGCAAUGAGUGCUCUGUCGACCAGAAGAAUGGCCUCGACUGGUCCACCCUCUCCACCGGAUCUUUCUCCAGCUACGCAGGCUUCAGCUUCACUGGAUUCAUUGCCAGCAACAAACGCGGUGCAAAAUCAAUCACUGCCAAAGCCACCAAGUUUGGUGAUUCUGCACCUCAAUUCUCCUCUACGUCUGGUACCGAGUUCUCAAUUGACACUAUCCAACUCUCUGCUUCCAAGGUGAUCAACCUAAAUAUCAUCUACUACAUGGAAAACGGUGAUACUUGCCAGACCUCUGCCUUGAUCUUUAAAAAAGCGACAACUGUCUCCGAUAAUAAGUGUGGUGGUGCCGUGUCCGUCCACUUCGAGCUUGCCGAGAAUAACGAACAUGACAGUGCUGAGUUCGGUAUCGAGUCUAUUGCCUUUGACUGCGAUGGAGUUUCCACCGAUGCUUCUUCUGCCAGUGAACUGAGAAAGCGUCAAUACUCUGCCUCUUAUGCUGUCACUGCUGUUCAGACCUCGGACUCUGCCACUGGUAGCAACCAGGUCGAGGUUGUCCCUCAUGGUUCCGUUGAUGGCAGCCCCGCUAACAAAGCUGUUGGAUCGAGCGAGGCUGUUGGUACUUCUGCUACCAGCACACCCGUCGCGCCAAAUGGAGAUGGUGCAUCGACCAGUGCCCCUGCCGUGCCAAACCAAAGUGUUACCCCCACUAGCGCACCGGCUGCAGACUCAUCAAGCUCCUCUGGCCCUGCUGUCGUUCAGCAAACCAGUAAUUCUUCCAGCCCAGCUGGCCACUCUGACUCUACUUCGAGCGUGGCAGCAACUAGCGCACCAGCUGGUUCAGAGCAUUCAAGCUCUGUUGCUCCAAAAUCGCCUGCAGCCGACACCCAGUCCAGCUCUGCUACGCCUAUAGCUGGUGGAUCCUCAAGCUCCCAAGGACCCUCUUCUCCCGCGGCCGCUGCGACCUCAUCAGUCGCUGCCAGCAACUCUGUCGCACAUAACCCGCGCUUGACUACUUCGACUGUUUACAGUACCCAGGAAGUCACCAUUACGAGCUGCGCAGCAAGCAUUACCAAUUGCCCGGCUGAUUCCACUGUCGUUGUUACCUCCACUAUCGCAGUUUCUACUACAGUUUGUCCUGUGACAGAAACCGAGACCCAGACUGCUCUAGCAGCCGGAACUACUUCUGUCGUACCUGCAUCUAGUGGUGUUUCUCCUGAGUCUUCGCCCGCUCCCUCGCAUAGCUCGGCUGCUUCCUCCCUACCGACCCCUAUUUCUACUACUGGGUCCUCGUCACGUGGGUCUUCUACAUCCAAGCACCCUGCUUCGGUUACUGCAUCUCCAAGCAAGUGGACUACCUCAACGGUUUAUACUACUAGUGAAAUUACUAUUACCAGCUGCGCAGCAAGUAUCACCAAUUGCCCCGCAGAUUCUACCAUUGUGGUCACUUCAACCAUUGCUAUUUCCACUACUGUUUGUCCGGUUACCGAGACCGAGACUCAGACUGCCCCAGGUAAAACCUCAACUUCAACUCUCCCUGGGUCUACAGGCGUCUCUCCUGUCUCCUCGCCUGCCGGAUCACAUAGCUCUGGCUCAGGCUCUGUUGUUGUCUCCAAGACAAAUUCUGGGUCUGUUGCUCAAUCCACCGCGCCGGCCACCACAUCUUCCCCUAGCAAGUGGACUACUUCAACGGUCUAUACUACUAGCGAGAUAACAAUUACCAGCUGUGCCGCCUCGAUCACCAAUUGCCCUGCCGAUUCUACCACAGUGGUCACCUCGACAAUUGCUAUCUCCACUACUAUUUGCCCGGUAACCGAAACCGAGACUCAGACUGCCCCAGGUAAAACCUCAACUUCAACUCUCCCUGAGUCUACAGGCGUCUCUCCCGUCUCCUCACCUGCCGGCUCACAUAGCUCUGGCUCUGUCGUUGUCUCUAAGACAAAUUCUGGAUCGUCUCAUUCUACCGCUCCAGCAGUCACAGCUUCGCCUAGCAAGUGGACAACUUCUACAGUUUAUACUACCAGCGAGAUUACUAUUACCAGCUGUGCCUCCACAGUUACGAACUGCCCUGCAGACUCUACCACAGUGGUAACUUCGACAAUUGCUAUCUCUACCACCAUUUGUCCAGUGACAGAGACAGAGACUGCCCCAGGUAAAACAUCGACCUCUACUCUCCCUGAGUCUACCGGUGUGUCUCCUGUCUCCUCGCCCGCCGGCUCGCAUAGCUCUGCCUCAGGCACGGCAUCUAGCACUAGUACUGGAUCUGUUGUUGUGUCCAAGACAAAUUCUGGGUCUAUUGCUCAAUCCACCGCGCCGGCCACUACAGCCUCGCCCAGCAAAUGGACGACGUCUACUGUGUACACUACCAGUGAGAUUACCAUUACUAGCUGUGCUGCAUCGGUAACCGACUGCCCCGCAGGUUCUACUGUCGUGGUUACAUCUACCAUCCCGAUUUCGACUACUGUGUGCCCUGUCACUGAGACAGAGACUGCCCCAGGUAAAACAUCAACCUCCACUUUGUCUGAAUCUAUCGGUGUCUCUCCUGAGUCUUCACCCGCUCCCCAGUCUACUGGUACUCCUAUCCCGGCGCAGAGUACCCACACUGGUACACCUGUUUCUCCAGAGUCCACCGUUACUGUUGUGACUUACACUACUACUACAUGGUGCCCAGUCACAGCCACUCAGACCUCUGGAGGUUCUACCUACGUCACUACUUCUAGCAGUGCCUCAACUAUUGUUAUUACUUCCACCUCGACCAUUGCUACCGAGGUCAGCUCGGCUCCUGCGUCUACUAUCACCCCUGAAGUUAGCGCUGGAUCUACCACUGUUCCCCAGGGCUCUAUAGUUACUGUCGUGACUUACGAGACCACAACCUGGUGCCCAGUUACAGCUACCGAGACCACUGGCGGUUCAACAGUUACCCAUGUUACUAGUACCCCUUCGACCAUCAUAGUCACCACGACUUCGACUAGACCCGCGGAGACCUAUACAGCUACUGUGACCACACCCGUGGGUGUCAGUGCAGGUUCGACCUCUGUGACCCCCGAAGAAUCCACCACCACGGUACCAGCCCAACACACCGUGACAGGGACUAAGACAGAGCACGCAAGUUCGACAUCAUCAUUGGAUGUUGUGCCCGGCGGGCCCAGUGCUGGCUCUACCCCAGGAUCCCCAGAGUCAACAAUCACUGUUGUGACAUACACUACUACAACAUGGUGUCCAGUCACGGCCACUCAGACAUCCGGUGGUUCUACCUAUGUAACUACAUCCAGCAGUGCCUCAACUGUAGUUAUUACGUCCACAUCAACCAUUUGCACUCAAUGCUCGGCGGAAGCCACUACAUCCGUUUCCGAAACCAUUCCGCCUGAAACUACCGUGAUAGAGACUCACUCGGUUCCAACUGGAGCAGGUGCUGGCGCGACAACAGUUGUUCCUGCGGAUUCUACCACGGUCAUUACCUACACCACAGUAACUAGCUGCCCUGUGACCAACACAGUAACUUCCGGUGGUACUACGUCACUUGUGACCUCCCAUACGGCUUCUACUGUCACUCUGACUUCGACAUCGACUGUAUGCACCAAGUGUGUCGGAGGAGGUGGUGGAUCUGAGGCGACAUCUACUUCAACUCCUGCGUCGACAUGCCCUACCAGCUUCGCACAGUGCAUCAAGACAUGGUUGAAAGAGGAGACCAAUUGUACCUCUAUCACAUCAACAAGCUGUUACUGCCCUAACAGUAAGCUCACCGACAAAGUUCAAAGCUGCAUCGAGUCGUGGGGCGGCUCACAAACCGAGAUCAACUCGGCUCUCUCCUGUUUCGCCGGAGUUUGCGCCAAAUGGGUGCCCGAAAACCCAGGUAUCGUGACCAACAUCCCUCCCACCUCGUCAGGUACAGGUACAGGCGCCGUAGCUACAACCGCAGCCCUGGCCCCUUGCACUACAAUUACAUACUCAACCUGGACUGUCACCGUGCCCCAAGUGACCUUUGUCACCUCGACUGCGUACGGUACAUCUCCAUCCGUCGGUAUUGUGCCCGGCAAGACCCCAAGUGGCCUUCGAUCUUCUCCGGCUAGAAGCAGUACCCCCUACCGUCCUGGUUCCAGUGCAACUGCAUCUCCAAGCUACACUCCUUUCAAUUCUGCGCCGACUGUGUCGAAUCCUGCCUUUUCGAGCGUUCUACUUGGCUUCUUAGCCUCAUUCUUUGCACUUAUCUUCUAG